AUGAUUCGCAAACAAGCUCGACAACGACGAGAUUACCUCUAUCGAAGAGCCUUAACACUUCGAGAUGCUGAGAUCAGUGAAAAGCGCGCAAAGCUUCGAGCCUCUUUAGCAUCAGGCAAACCUUUAGAUCCAUCGAUUGCGAAUGAUAAAAAACUACGAGAAGAUUAUAAAUAUGAUGAAUCACGACCAGAUUUGACGGCAAACGAGGAACUUGACUUAGACGAUGAAUAUGCUCAACUUUCUGGAAUCGUUGAUCCCAGAGUACUGAUCACAACUUCAAGAGAUCCUUCAUCAAGACUUUCUGCCUUUGCGAAAGAGAUCAGAUUAUUGAUACCAACUUCAAUCCGUCUAAAUCGAGGAAAUCUCAUUUUACCAAGUCUAAUUACAUCCGCCCAAGCAUCUGGACUUUCUGAUAUCAUCCUCCUCCAUGAACAUCGUGGUACACCAACAGCCUUGACGCUUUCACACUUUCCUCAUGGGCCCACGAUAUCAUUCUCUCUACACAAUGUUGUUUUGCGCCACGACAUCCCCAAUAGCUCCCGUGGUACGGUCAGCGAGUCUUAUCCCCAUCUAAUCUUUGAAGGCUUUACAUCAAGAUUGGGUCUUCGAAUCGUCAAAAUCUUGAAGCAUAUCUUUCCCCCAAGAGAAGCGAUUACAAAUAAAACGAAAAUGGGAAGCAGAGUUGUCACAUUCAAGAAUAUUGAAGAUAGUAUCGAAGUUCGACACCACGUGUUUGUUAAGACGGGAUAUCAAAAUGUGGAACUCGCAGAAGUUGGACCUCGUAUGACGAUGAGAUGUUUCGAAAUUAGAGGAGGAACUUUGGAGAAUAAGGAUGGUGAUGUUGAAUGGAGGAUGAACCAAUAUACGAGGACUUCCAAGAAGAAGGACUACCUGUGA